AUGCAGGGGGCAGUGGAUUCGGUUCAAUCGAUGCACCAUGAGGACAAGAGGGGCCUGAUGUGCCGGAUCUUGGACUAUAUUUUCGCAGAGAUCAGUGGGAGGCUCAGGCCCACCCCCCGAGUCGGCCCUGGGCCAACUGGAGUAUACUUGGAGAUCUACAAGGAGCAGAUUACCGAUCUCCUCGAGCCUUCGGCCAGCAACCUGCAAAUCCGGGAGGACACCAAUCGUGGUGUGUACGUGGAACGUCUGUCGGAGCACUCCGCUUGGAGUUCCUCUGACGCGUUCCACGUGGUGUGGAAGGGACUACAUCAAAGACAUGUGGCCGCCACACAGAUGAACGAGCUGAGCUCCAGGUCGCAUGCGGUCUUCACCUUGAAGCUUGAAGCGUCCAGCACCACCGCGGGCGGCGUGACGUCGACCAAGGUCUCCAGGCCGACGCUCCGAGAGGAGGUCGGGUUCAGGAACGGAGCGGAAGCGGAGUCUUCCGAGAUGUAG